GCGCGUGUCUCGGACAUCUCGCCCUGAAUCAUGCGCACACGCCGCCCCAAACAUGAGGCGCCUAGCGAGAUCUUUCUACCUAUUGGCAUUCUUGUUUCUCGUUCUCUUCCUUUAUCAAACUUUAAAAGAAAUAAAAAAGACGCAACAUUUGCAAACGAACAAAAUCUUGGAAAUAGAACAAAACUUGGAAAAAAUGGUGGAAGAGUUACAAAAUAAAGCUAAAGGUGAACAAAUUGAAUACAAACAUAUAGAAGAAAAAGAUGAAGCGGUCAACAAUAGUGAUUUGAAAUAUAUUCUGCAGUGGACUAGUCCAAAACGAGUGCCAUUUGUGUAUAUGGGGCAAGGUCGACAAGGAUUUAUAGAAAGAAAUUGCAAGUAUACUAAUUGUUACGUCACAAGUGAUAAAAAUUUGCUCGGGGACGUUAGCAAGUUCGAUGUCAUCGCGUUUGCCGGGCCUGAAGUCGCCUACACGCCUACAGUGAAACUUAAGCCUCCGAAACGCUCUCCGCAUCAGAAGUAUGCUUUUGCAAGUAUAGAAUCAGCAGGAAACUACCCGAUUUGCUCCAACAGGUUGGAUAACUUUUUUAAUUGGACAUGGACCUACCGCUUAGACUCUGAGAGUAGAUGGGGCUACAUAAUUAUAAGAGAUGCUGAAAAUAAAAUAAUUGGUCCGGAUAUUGAUAUGAAUUGGAUGAAGUUAGAAGAAAUGGAUCCCGUGAGCGAAGAAUUAGCUGUACAACUGAGAAAUAAAACCAAAGGAGCAGCCUGGUUCGUCUCUAACUGUAGAACAAGAAAUCUUCGAGAGAAAUUCGCUAAGGAAUUGCAACAAGAAUUGAAAUCUUACGACUUGAAACUAGAUGUGUACGGUAAAUGCGGGCCGUUCAAUUGUGAAGGUGAAGAGGAGUGUUUCCAAAUGAUAAAGAGGGACUAUUAUUUCUAUUUGUCGUUCGAGAACUCAUUUAGUAAAGAUUACGUGACCGAGAAACUGUUACAUGGCUUGAAAUACAAUGCAAUUCCAAUUGUUUAUGGCGGUGCUAACUAUACAAGGUUCAUGCCAGACGGAAUAUAUUUGAAUGCAAGAGAGCUCGGUGUCAAAGAGCUGGCUAAAAAAAUGAAAUAUCUUAUAGAUCACCCCGAAGAAUACAAAGAAUAUUUCCGAUGGACGAAUCACUACUCUUAUUACAGAAGAGCCGAAAACCUUGAGACCGAUGACUAUUGUGGUCAAUGUGCUCUUCUGAACAAUGAAGAAAUGGUGAAAAAAACUUCCAUAUAUAAAAAUUUUAAGGAAUGGUGGAACGAUCCUGAGCAUUGCCGUGGUUUUGACUAAUUCGAAAGUCUUGUACAAGUGCAAGUUCGAGUUUUGAACUCUUAAUAUCCAUACCAAUAUUAUAAAUGGGAAAGUGUGUAUAUCUGUUUGUUUGUCCGUCUUUCACGGCAAAACGGAGCGACGAAUUGACAUGAUUUUUUAAGCGGAGAUAGUUGAAGGAAUGGAGAGUGACAUAGGCUACAUUUCGUCUCUUUCAAACGCCAGCGAAGCCGCGGGGAAAAGCUAGUAUUAUAAAGAAGAAAGUUCCAAAUUCUAAAUCGAAAAAUAGUCCUUAUUACGAGGUUGUGUCGAGUCUGAUACUGUAGAUCUCAAGGUCGUUAGCUAACAGUCGUUUAGAAAUCCAUGGCUAUUGAAACUCAACAGUGACUAUUGCACUUAUGGAAGUGUGAUGUUGUCGGAGCGAAAGCGAUAGUGACCUUAGCUACGUCUCGUCUAUGCAUUGUUACAGCAACCCGAAGUGGAACUCCUUGAACAAAAGUUAAGAUAGCAUUUCUUUGUUAAUUAACGGAGCGGAGUCCAAUGUAGGAGGAUAUUUUUCCCCUCACUAGCUCGGAAACACGUGUUUUGUCCUUUAAUACCAGCAGGUAAAAACGCAUUUUAUCCACUAGUGGGUAAAGUAAUUUGACCUUGAAUAAAGUCAAAUUAACUGC